AUUAACUUUACUCGUAAGCUCUAAAGACAAUUUAGUAACCCAAAAAACAACGUAGUAUUAACCCUGUUCUUUGUUCAUCUUGUCUCUUUUAUAAAACUCUACCCUCAAAAAAGACUAUGGCUUUCUUUGUCCGCCCUUCUAAAUACCGCCACGUCUAUGGUACAUGUGCAAAGAGAGAUGUCAGCUAUGACAAUCUUCGUGUCAGCGCCAAUGCUUGGGAUACAAACAUGGUCAAGGCAAAUCCCCUCUUUUUGUCAGUUAACUGGCAAGCUUCCGGUGGUGGAGCUUUUGCUGUACUCCCCCACGCUCAAGUCGGAAAGUUGCCCGAUAAUUAUCCUCUGUAUAGAGGCCAUACCGGACCCGUUCUCGACACAGAUUUUAACCCUUUCAACGACUAUGUGAUUGCUUCUGGUGCUGAGGAUAGCAAAGUCAUGAUCUGGAAUAUCCCAGAGGAAUAUGCCGAAGGACAAGAAGAAGUCACUCCUAUCUUAAAGUUAUCAGGACACGGUCGUAAGGUUGGACAUGUUCUUUUCCACCCUGUUGCCGAGAAUGUCUUAGCAUCUGCCAGUACCGAUUUAACAAUCAAGUUGUGGGAUAUUGAAAAGGGUGUUGAAAAGCAAGAGAUUACAGGUCAUAAUGAAAUCAUUCAAUCGUUGGCAUGGAAUUACAAUGGUUCACUUUUGGCUACCACCUGUCGAGACAAAAAACUUCGUAUUUUUGAUGUUCGUUCCAACGAGAUUAUUCAAGAAGGUCCUGGUCAUCAAGGUAUUAAGGGUUCUCGUGUUGUCUGGCUUGGUGAUACCAACCGUUUAGCUACUACCGGUUUCUCUCGUAUGAGUGAUCGUCAAUUAAAUUUGUGGGAUACCGAAAACCUUGCUAAACCUCUCAAGUCUGAGUUCUUGGAUACCUCUUCUGGUGUCUUGAUGCCAUUUUAUGACAUGGAUACAAAAAUGCUGUAUGUGGCUGGUAAAGGUGAUGGUAACAUUCGUUACUAUGAGUUUGAAAAUGAUGAAUUAUAUCCCUUGUCCGAAUUUAAGGCUAUCGAACCUCAAAGAGGUAUGUCUUUCUUGCCCAAACGUGCUUUACAUGUAAAUGAAUGUGAGAUUGCAAGAGCAUACAAGGUUGGUACGACUUUGAUUGAGCCCAUUUCAUUCACUGUUCCCAGAAAGUCGGAUGCUUUCCAGUCGGAUAUCUUCCCUCCUUGUCUUAGCGAUGAGCCUGCACUCACUGCCGAUGAAUGGUUUUCCGGUAAGAACGCUAAUCCCAAAUUGAUUGAUCUCGAGGCUGGUUUUACUGCCAAGACAAAGGUUGAAUUCACCCCUUCUGCUCCUGUUGAGGAAGUAAAGAGUACUCCCUCGUCUCCCACAGAAAAGUCGGGUGAAACUGACUUCAAAGAAGCUUAUAAUGAAGCUACAAAGGAAAACGAAGAAUUAAAGAGCCAAGUGUCUAGUAAAGAUACCAAGAUUCGUGUUCUUGAAAUCGAACUCGACAAGCUUCGUACACAAUUGGCUGAGUUGGCUCUGGCCAAGAAGAAUGAGGAGCUCAAGGCUGAGAAGUUUGAGGAAUUGCCCCAUUCUGGAAAUGCUCUGGUCGAAUAAUAAUAAAAAAGAACGGCCUUAAUUAUUUUUUGUUACUCUAAUACACUUUUUUUUUCACUAUUAUCAUUAUUAUUACCAAA